UUACAAACUUUCAAUCAGUUGGAGAAGUGGGUGACUGACGUGAGGGCCCAGAGGGGCGAUAAGGCGCUCAUCAUAAUUGUGGCCAAUAAGACAGAUCUCAAUGACAAACGACAAGUGAGUGUCGGUGUAGGGGAGGCCAGGGCUCAGGAACUGAAUGUACUGUUUAUGGAGACGAGCGCUAAGACGGGAUUCAAUGUGAAGAAGUUAUUCAGGAAAAUAGCCGACGAUUUGCCUAAACAGCCAAAUGAUGACAGUCUUCGCAAAGAGUUUGAGGUGAGACUCACUCAUAAUAGUCCUAUGAUUGCCAGUCCCACCAAACAGUGCUCGUAUUGC